AUGUACAAGAUUUUGGGACGGAUCAUCCAGAAGAAUUCGUACGCAUACUUAAUGACAUGGAUAGAAGAACAACUGCUGCGGUUUGAACACCAGUCGGAUAUACUACACCGUUCGAAGUGGAAACCUGGAGACAAUGGGCCGUGGCAGAACCCUUUCUGUUCAACAUUGCCAUCGAUGACAUCAUGCGAAGAACAGUUGAGCAGUGUCCUGCUGAACGCACUGUCUCUCGAUCCAUUGGCGGUCAUCUCUGAAAACAUUCUUUGCGUCCAUUCUAGGAACAUCGUUGAUGAACGUCCUCGCCGUUGUGACGUUUCUGAUCUUCUCUACGUUUGCCGUGGUCAACGGACGCGGCUUUCUUGCAUUUCUGCCUACUCGGGUGCUGCUCCCGUUUGCAGCCAGGAGGGAUGUUCCUAA